AUCUGACAGAGAAUCCUCACAUAAACAAGUGAUCUUUAAUAUCACGAAAAGCAUGUUUUCCUUUCAUGUCCUAAAAGAUUCAAAAUCAGUUUUUGCAUGCAAAGCAUAUCCAAAAUCCCAGGUUGCUUGCCACCCAAAUUUUCACAGCCUAUCACAUAAACCACAGCAAGUUUUCCCAUUCAUAUACUGCUGCUCCUUCAAAUAAGCAUUAAAACCUCAAUGAGAAUAGCAUACCAUCACAAAAGAUUUUGGAGCAGUCCUUCACAAGAAUGGAAAGCUUGAUUAAGCAAACAAGAUCAAGAUUUGGAGGUACUAAAGAGGAUAAAAGCAGCAGCACAACAGACAGUAAAAUCCCACCUCAAAAAACACAAUCUUACAGAGAGAAGAAGAGAAACCAAGGGUGGAACAAGAAACAGUUAUCCAGACAAAUGAGUUGGGAGUAUGAUUUCAGCAGUUCAGAAUAUCCUACUGCUGUUGCAGCAGCAGCUUAUGCUAUCCAAUCUCUCGAAGAAUCAAGCUCGUGGGACAAAAGGGAGAGAGAUUAUGGCCAUAACAACUCUUUGAGAAAGACAAAGAGCAGAGUUGAUGAGAGAGAAGAGAAGCCUGAACCGCUCAAAAGUGCACUCAAGUCCUUUGAUGGAACUCCAAGGACAAAUUUUAAGGAUGAGGGUACGACGAGUAAUAGGUUGCCCGAGAGGAAACCAACCAAGAAAAUAAGCUUUGCUGAUCUUGCUGAAAUAAGCAACAAUAAUGGUGCAAAGUUACCACAGCAGCAGGACCCUGAGCGAGCUCCAUCGUUGAAAAGGCCUCCAACUUCUGCAGAUAGGCAGUUGAGUAUGGCAGAUAGCAGAAAACCGCUGAAGUCGCCUCCACCUCCACUUCCACCUCCGCCACCAAUUGCAAGAAAACCCGGACCUGCAGACUCUGCAGCAGCUGCAUGGGAGAAAGAAGAGAUGGCAAGUAUUAAAGAACGGUAUGAGAAGCUGAGGGCCAGAAUUGAUAACUGGGAGACGAAGAAGAAGAAGAAGGCAAAACGCAAGAUAGAAAGCAUAGAGCAGGCUGAAUUAGACAAGAGAAAAGCAAAAGCCAUCAAGAAAUACAACAGUGAGAUAGCAAGAAUUGCAGCGAUUGCGAGCGGAGCCCGGUCACAGGCAGAGGAGAAUCGCUUGAACGAGGAGCUCAAGGUGAAGGAGAAGGCCAAUAAAAUCAGAGCAACAGGAAAACUUCCAGCAACUUGUUUGUGCUUUUGAGUUUCAUCAAGAUUGACUUUGAAAUUUGUAAAUUUGUAUGGUUUUCUAACAAAAAAAAAAAAACAGAUUCCUUUGUGUUUGUAAUUUGCAAUGGAUCAAAUGUGCCAAAAAAAAUGGAACUUUAGAUAUUGCAUGACCGUAGUUGGAGUCUAUUUGGAAUUAAAGAAACUCUGAAAACCAUAGUUAUACACAGAAUUACUCAAACUCGAAAACCAAAAUCAGAAUUUGGUAGCACAACAUGAAAAUGAAAACAUUCAUAGACUAAUCAACAUUUUCAUCAUCAAGAAGGAAAAAGUUUGAGUUCCAUGUACAACAUAUCUUGCCCUACAACCAGAUUGCAAUCUAUCAAGGACUAAAACCACGAGAACAAUUGAAUAGAAUAAUAUAUUUCUAAGUUCUCAUCUCACGUCCCAGCCAAUCAAGCACGGGAUAUGCAAAAUACAGCACCAAGAAGGCAGGAACCGCAAAGAGAAUUGUUAUGGCCAAGUAGAGCAUUAAGAUGGCAGCACUCACAGGUAACGCAAAUGUGACAAUCAUGAGCAGUAUAACCAGUGGAAUCUUGGCCAUCGCUCUAAUGAAAAAGUCGAGGGAUUUGUGGAAGGACAUCUGGAGUCUUUCAGAAGUGAAUCUAUCCCUGUAGCGGCGGUGGUUAUUGAUGUAGCUUGGAUGACCAAGACGAUGCACCCUCCUGUUGGUGGCGUCAGGAAGGCUGUUUCCGGAUAAAGGGCAGCGUUGGGACAAUAUUUGUUGACGAUCUCUGCAGAUGGAGGAAAGUGCCUUCACCCUCUCACCAUUUCUGCUCUCCACCAUCCACAGUAUGAAGAAGUUCUUGCUUGGAAAUCGAAGAUUACCCUUGUAAAGGAGACGAAAUGUCAGCAAAUUACACCAAGGACAGGAAACAAAGAAAGGAAUCUGGAUCUGAUGGGCAGAAAACUUCAGAGUAGCCAAAUGAAGCCCCAGGACGCAGUUCUUGCAGAGGCUGUGGCCACACCAUAAAACAUAAGGCACAUUCUCGACAAUAUUAAAUGAUUCCCAACAUAUUGGGCAUUCCAGCCCUUCGUCAGUGCUAGCAUUUGAAGAGAUCUCAUCAUCUGAAAUUUCAUGGCAAACUCUGGCUAGCUCAGCUAUGUUUUUCUUUUGCCCAAAACCUCGAAUAGAAUGUGAUAUAGAUUUCCACAUGAUGAAUUCCAAGAAAACUUGGUACUUGCUACGGUCUUUGAGCCUUAUAGCGUAAAAGACUCAUUGAGUCUUUUAUGUUUGGUAAGAUUGAACCUGAACCAAAACAGCAGAGGGUGAGAUGGUUAGCUACAACUCUCAAUUGGCUGUUAGUUCAGUUAGUUACUGAUAAAAACACUACUAGAUUUAUCAAAACAAGAACAGAACUUCUAGUUCUAUCAAUGUCUUUAUAUACAAUAUUAUGCAGUUUCUCCUAUAUUUAACACAAUUAUAACCUUACACUACAUGAAAACAUGAAUUGAAUAGCUUGCAUAGUUUUAAAAAAAAUAUUAUAUGUUCUUAAUUUUCAAUAUAAAGGCACAUCUCUGCAAAAAACCAUAAGAAGAAACACACACGUAAGUGAGGCCGAGUGCUGACUAAAACCUAUAAGUAGCUAAUGCCGAGGGUAAAAAAUUGGAGUUUCUCACAUUAAAAGAUAGUCACAAAAUGUUUGCUUUGUCUCAUCUACUGUGAUUGGAAUAUCAUCCUCGCAUAAAUGAUAAACCUAAUUCACCUGAAGAAUGAUCCCAAUGAUAAUCUAGCUUUUCCUAUUACUCAUUUUCUAAGUCAUCUCUAAUCUUUUCUGAGUAGAAACCUCUAAAACUUUUGGGGUGCUUCUAAAUUUUAAUCCUUUUAAACAAGAGACUGUUUACAAGUCCACAAAUUCAGGAGACUGCAACAUUCAUCAAAAUGCCUGAAGUUCCUAUCUCCAACUCAUUGAAGAUACAUGAACAAUCAACUAGCGAGUCCCAUCCAAGAUCCAUGGGGUUCAUCAGGAGUCAGGACCCUACACAUGAACCCUCUCUUCUCCUUGUGCAGCAGACUACACCAGACUAGCUUAUCCUUGAAAACAAUGAAUUUCACUUCAGCAACUAAUUGACAACUGAUUCAAAUACAUAAUAAUUGCAAAUCCAACUGCUUGAAAAGGGAUUAAAUGGUUGAGUAAACCCCUCUUUCCUGAGUGAAUUUCAAUACAUUUUCUUGAACAAUACUUUGUCCAGCCGACAUAAGUAGCAAUUAAUCAUUCGUUCAACUCAUUAAAAAGAUAUUUUGACACCAAAAAUGUAAGCUAUCACAACUAAUCAAGCAGGACCAACCAUCAAAAAGCAAAAUCCACAAGAUUGUGAAAAUGCACAGCUAAAAGCAACACCGUUCAAGCCAUCGGAAAUUAAAAUUCACAUAUUCAUUUCAAGUAUGUCUCCGCCGCAUAAUCACGAGGAGCACUCAAUCCCAUCACAACCAAAUUUCAACAACCAGAUUCAUUAAAAAUCAACUAAACAAUUUUCCUAAAAAAAUACUGAGAUCCAGAAGAACUCCACGAAUUUCAUAAUUAUAUCACCGUGAUCAGGGUGCUAAUUUUUCAUAAAACGCUGCGAAAAAACGAACUAUCACGGAGAACAAGAGAUUUUUAUACACGAAAAUGAGCUAGUGACGAUCAACAGCUGAAAUCACGAAGAUACGCCAACAAUCGUAACAUGCAAUACAGCUCCUUCAUUUGACCCCCCCCCCC